AGUGGGGCGGUACUGCUGUUUUGCUGUCGAGUCACCUCUGUCAGGAUGGAGGAAAACGAGCUGUUAUCAUGCUGAGAAACGUAGGAUCUUGACAAACGAGCAUCAUAAACUGGGAUAGUUAGACACAAGUCAUCGUUUAUCUUAAACUGCGGCGUCGUUUCUGUAACCAUUUGCCAAAAUGAUGGAAGAAAUCGACAGGUUCCAAGUGCCUCCAGUCAACGGGGAGACUCAGCCUUUGGACCCAGCGGCAUCCUCCACUUCGGAGGCAGACCCUGACAGCAAGGUAGAGACUGUGGCCAUGAACUACAAGCCAUCACCACUGCAAGUCCAAAUAGAGAAACAGAGGGACCUUGCCAGGAAGGGAUCAGUGAAGAAUGGCACCGUGGGAAGUCCUGUCAAUCAACAACCCAAGAAGAAUGCCAGGACAAGGUUGGUGGUGCCAAACAAAGGUUACUCCUCUCUAGACCAGAGCCCAGAUGAGAAACCCCUGGUAGCACUGGACACUGACAGUGACGAUGACUUUGACAUGUCCAGAUACUCCUCAUCAGGAUACUCCUCAGCCGAGCAGAUCAACCAGGACCUGAACAUCCAGCUCCUAAAGGAUGGGUACCGGCUUGAUGAGAUCCCAGAUGACGAGGACCUGGAUCUGAUUCCCCCUAAAGCGGUUAACCCCACCUGCAUGUGCUGCCAGGCUGCUCCCUCCACAGCCUGUCAAAUCCAGUAGCACCAUUUUGCCCCCCACAAAAAAAUGAUCUUGCCUGCCACCUGCACCGUGGGCACUGAGUGGCAGCAAAGAGGAAAAACUUAAGAGCUUGCAAUGGCACAAAGGGAAAACAAGGGUUUGUAACUGCUAAAAUAAUAAAAGAAAAUAGGUAACGUCUUGAGAAAAGAGUCAAUAUGUACAGUACCCAUGCACGUUCCUCCUAUGGUAGGAUCUGUGCAUCUUACUUCUGCGCUGUUGGUUCAGCGGGGACUCGACUGAUGGCAGAAACUUUACCUCUAAGGGAAACAUGUCACUUUUGCUUCUCCUUCAUUCGACUUCCAUCUCAUGCUAGUGGAUAUUUUGGUUUACAAAGACCAUGAAGAGACUGUGUGACGUUGUGGGAGGACAGAAACAAUAAAAUGGGAUGACAGGAACUCACGCACUUGUAAUGACAAGGCAUCAUCACUGGCAAUGCACCACCUAUGGAAAGUACUUUAUCUGCUUGUGUAUCAUGAUGAUAAGAUUCAAUGGACAAGAGAACACUGGAAGUUUUGUAGUGGCCAUUGUUUUUUUUUUUUUUCUUUAUCAUUUCUUUCAGCCAGUCUGUUUUGUCUUCCUGUGCACAUAUGUAUGUUUCAGACACAAAAAUGACACGUGUGUGUCUGAUUACAUCCAGGAAAGUAGUGCUAAACCAUCAAGUUGCUGAUAAACACAAAUGCUUACACUCACAACGCUAAAACAGUGAUUCCAGAGUUUCCUUUUUUUUCCAUGUUUGUCUGUUAAGGUUGUGCUGCUUAAUUGUCUCAUAUUCAGUUUAAAGAAGCUGAAAACAAAUAGUUUUGCAUGUUGCCUGUUAACACUCUAAUGUCUGAUGACCAGCCUGUGUGGAUAAUUUAUCAGUUUAUAUUGACCCCUGAACACAUUCUUGUGCUAAUGAGACAUUAUGUGAGGUGUGCUUUAAAAAACAUAGUUAGUAAUAUUUAGGUUCACCUACUGUAACAUCAGUAGAUCUAGAGAAUUGGAGACAAUGGCAGGAACAGUUCAUGAGUUGUACUUCAUUUCUGUUCAUAUUUGGCCCUGACACAAGUGGGAUGUUAAAGAUGACCACAGAGGCAGUCACCACUAGUGAAUGUGGUCACAAAAUAGUUCCGAUACUUAAGGGAACCAACGAAUGAAUAAAAGGCCUAGAAUAUGUGCAGAUGCAUAGAAAGAAACUGAGAAUGUGUACAAAGUGAUUCCAUAUUGCUUGGAUGGGAAUGAAAUAGUUUUUUUUUUUUUUUUAAUUUUGGGUUUUUUUUGGGGUAAUUUUUUCAGAAAUGCACUUUUUUUUUGGCAUAUCAAGUGAUAAAAUGCUCUUCUUUCUUUUAAGUUAAGUGUAUUUGUUUUGUAUGGUUGUAUAUUUGCGCACACUCCCCUUGAGUUUGAAUACAAGUCUGUCCAAUAUGCGGAUAAGAACUGUAUAUGUAGCACCAGACACAGCUGUGUAUUGUCAAUGCUUUAUGCCAAUGGAUGUUUUCCAUGAUGUUGAAAAGGAAGUAGUCUUUGAUGUGUAGAAGUACCGAAUGCAUACUGUUUAUUUUUCAUAUUUGCAUCAUAUCAUGAAGACAUCUCUAGAGCUCUGUAGACAUUGGCUUUUUUCUAGUAGAUGCUAACAGCCACUUGCAUGUGAAUCUGCUCAGUAGAAGAUCAGGCUGGGUUUCCCAAAAACACCUCAACAAUUUUCCAUGUGCAUGACUUCCUGAUGCAUAUUUUACCUAGUGUGUCACUGGGAAAGAUAUUAAAAUCACUUAAGCCUAAAUGAGCUCUUAGCCUGCUUAUGUGAGAGAGAUAGUUGUUAAUAUAACUACAGGUCUAAGUAUGUGUGUACUUUACACAGUGGUCUAAGUUAUUUUCUCAUGGUAAUGUUCUGAAUAGUCAGUUGGCUCAUGCACAAGGGAUCUAAAAUACUGUGUAUAUCUACAGUACAAUGAACAAUCUCAUUUCACAAAUCUUUUUUUAAUAUAUGAUGGUGUUUUUGGGAAACUUUACAUCUUUUGUAACUGAUGUUCUGCUCAUUUUGUUCAAGUAUUUCACAAGUCAUCGAAUGGAGAUACGGUGUCUAAUGUAUGACUCCAAAAUGACAGAUCUGCAGAUGUAUCUGUAUGUAUCUGUAUGUGUGGAGGAAUCAUUGAUAUCCCUGACAUAACCUCAGUGGCACAGCAUAGAAACAAGUAACUUUUUUUUUUUUUUUUUUUUUUUUUAAAUAAGGUGCCAUGUGUGUAGAUACUGUAUUAAGUAAAAAAAAGACACAAACAGUUCAGUAGGUCAAGUAAUAAGUCACUGAUGCAUCUACUAGCUGAGGUGUGUGUGUGUGUGUGUUAGAUCAGUAGCUGUGUACACUACAGUACAAUAUUAACAACGAGGGACUGACUGUGUGACUGACUACGGUGCUUCAUAUUUUUAUUUUAUCAUUAACAUGAUCCUGAUAGAUUCACACAUAGAUUGUUGCAGUCAUCUUCUAUUGAGUGCACUACUUCUGGCCAUUUGUUGUCUCACUUGGGGCGUAGCUUCACUAAUCUCCUGAGUUUGGAAUCUAAAGUAAUGCAUUGUAACAGGAGCUAUUUAUUUGCAGUUGCGUGUGUUUUUUAAUUUAUUUUUCAUGUAUGGGAAAUGAUUCAUAUUCAAACAGAUGCUUUUUAUUUGUCAGAUGUUUAUUAUGAUGAUUGUGAACUGGUUCCAUUUAGAUUUUAACAGUGUUAAAGUUCUGUGUAUAGUGCAGCAAAAAAAAUAAAUAAAUAUUAGGUAUCUGA